AUGGAGCUGCUUCAGAAUGCUGCACCACGCCUCCACCCCACUGGGAAAGGCCGCAUUGGCUCGGAGUUCAAGCCAAGGUCAUCCACUACCCGUGAACCAAUCACAGCUGCAGAAGUCUUUGAGCACAUCCGCGAUAUCCGUGACCCCGAGCAUCCGCACACCCUGGAAGCACUGGGCGUCGUCCAAGAAGACCACAUCACAGUCGACGACGCCGGUUCGGCUGUCAGUGUGCUCAUCACCCCAACCAUCCCGCACUGCACCAUGGCCACUCUCAUUGGCUUAUCCGUUAAAAUCAAGCUCCAACGCUCGCUGCCCCGUCGCUUCAAGGUUAGCGUCGUUAUAGCGCCGGGCUCGCACAACACUGAGGACGACAUCAACAAACAACUGGCCGACAAGGAGCGAGUUGCCGCGGCCAUGGAGAACCCGACACUCAUGCGAAUGGUCAACGACUGCCUCGUUGGGUCGUGGUAG